AUGGUGACAAACGAAAAACACAGUGGCAUGAAGAUUAUGCAUAGUUCUUCGUUGAACAGUAAUAAACAUGUUCAAACACAUAUACAGCAGCAGAUACCUACAUCUACGGAGCCAGAUAUAAUACAUCGAUAUGAUGAAUAUACACAUUUUGCUAUGGAAUGGAAAGGUAUUAUGGAGGAAUAUGAUUGGGCGUAUAAUAAUGUACAUCGUAGAGAAAGGUCAAAUGAUACUUUCAAUAAGGAAUACUUUCAUUUGUCAUCAACGUCACACAGCAGAAUAUUUAUCAAUGGAGACAAAAAUAACUUCAAAAAAGGCGACUACAUUCAUAUUGUAAUAAAGACAAAAGACAAGUAUGGUAAUUAUCGAGAUAAAGGAGGAGAUAUGUUUCAAGGUGUUAUGUUAAAUGCACAGCUACAGAAAAGCACAGCAGGGAGAGUAUAUGACUAUGGAAAUGGUACAUAUUCUAUCUAUUUCUAUGCUGCAUGGGCUGGGGAUGCAAAUAUAUCGAUCUAUAUGGUAUAUACCAGAGAAAUGAUUCUGAUGUUUAAUAAUAACAGAUUACGUAAAGAAUAUCUUCAAUGGACUGGUGUGUAUGGUGAAGAUCCCAAUUCAGAGGAAGUUACAUGUAAAUUGAUUCGAGAAGGAGUAUGGGAAGACAAAUGUAGCUAUGGAAACAGGAAUUCUUUUGGUAACAUAGUAUUUGUUUGUGAUAAACCAAAAACAUUCUCCUGUAAGGAUAUAAUGAGUGUUACUAGCUUUACUGGCAAAACUGUUAAUGGCGCAGAUGCAAAGAAGGAAAGAUUGCUGUUAUCUUACCUUUUUAAUAAUCAACAGAACACUCUGCUAACUACAAUGCCGAUGAGGAUAGCAGUUAAGGAUACUUCGGCAAAUGUACCAACACUACCAAUGUGUGGUCCAGACUUACCAAUACCUGUGACUGAUGGUUACUGGACUGAUGAUUCAACUUAUGUCUCGCUUGUAUGCAGAAGUCAAAAAUGGACACAGGCUCAAGCUCAUAAAUGUUUGGCCAAUGUUUCACUUGCAUUGUAUGGAGAUUCAACACUUGGUCAGUUUGGUCAGUCACUCAGGUUUCGAUAUAAUUAUUCUAAUUUUAUAGUUGUAAGCAAAGGAUUUUUUCCUCAUGGACCGACAUUCUGGACCAUUGGAUAUGAGAGUGAAUUUCUUGAUGGUAUUAAUAAGACUCUGUGUGACUCAAAACAAAUAGUGUUUGUGAUGAAUAUUAUAUUUCACUACACAGAGUGGUCAUUUAUGUUAUACAUUGAAAGACUUUUCGCCACAAAAUUGGCAGUUGAACGGCUCUUCAUGCGUUGCCCGACUGCAAAAGUGUUUUUCAAAGUAUCACAUCCAAGAAGUGUUCUUGGUGGAACACAGAGUCGCUUCGAUGUUGUUUGGGUAGCUUUUGACAUGGACCGCAUGAUACGUCGUGUUUUUGGUGGAAUGGGUGUCCACUUUCUCGGUGUAUGGGAUAUGUCAAUUUCCCAUUUUUCUAGCCUCCAAGUUCACUUAGCUCCAGAGUUAAUUGAUCAACAAAUAAACUUGCUAUUAUCCUACAUAUGUCCAGACUUGGUGGAUUAA